UUGAAAAAAAUCAUCAAGUAUAGAGGCCAAAAGUAAACGCAGCAGCCAGUUGAACGAAUUAAAUUUUUAUUUAAUUCAUAACAGAAAUUAACGCAUGUUGGCUGCACAAACAAGCAAGUGUAUGCAGGCGGCAAACAAACUGCGGACGACGGCAACAUCGAACGGCAAAGGCAAAAGGCACUUGCCGACGACGGCUGCGCUGCGACCGCACACACACACACUGAUACACCUACGGACACACAUACAGUGAGAAACGCACACACAAAACACCAUACACACACACACUCACACACAUACAAACACGCGCGUGGAGCCCUACAAGGAGAAGAGCAGCAGCAGCAGCAGGAGGAGGAGCAGCAGCAGCGUCAGGCAAAGUGGGCCUAGGGCCUGAAGGAGCGGGACGCUAAAACAAUCAACAACAAUAAGUCAAAGCAGCCAGCAGCAGCAACAACAACAACAACAACUAAUAAGAAGAAGCGAAGCGUAUUGGCGACAAAUUUGCAUUGAUGGUAAUGCAUGCUAGAAAACCGCAGCGUAUGAACGAUGGGUACUUUGAGAAGCAUACCAGUCACACAUCCUACCAGAGCUCAAAGUACAGCAGUUCAAAGCGCGAAUAUGAACGCGAUCGUUCAUCGAACUAUCGCGAUCGUGACAUCUCGCCAGGCGGUGGUAGCGGCGGCGGCGGAGGAGGAGGAGGUGGUGGCGGCGGCGGCGGAGGCAGCGGCGCGGGAGGACCGCCUUUGAAUAACGGCAAUAGUUAUCGUUCACAAUCGCCGGAUAUCGAUUCGCCAUCAUUGCGAUCACACGAUUUACGUGAACGCAACGAUCAUCGCAGCGGCGGCAGCGGCGUUGGCAACAACGAGCGCUACUUUAUACAGAAGAUGCGCGAUCGGGAUCGUGAAGUGUUCAGAAAGGAUAAAUAUGCGGAUAAACGCGAUCGACGUGGCAAUGAUCGUGAGGCGGAAUCGUAUCGCACGAAUCAUGACAGGGGGGAUCGUCGUGGUGGUGGCGGCGGUGGCGGCGGCGUUGGUGCCAAGCUCUGCUCGACGCGCGACAACGACAAACGCAGCGGUUCGGAUGAUCGUGAACGAGAGCGAGAGCGGGACUUGCGUGAUAAGCGAGACAGAGGCGCCGAUCGUGAACGGGACAUGUAUAAAAAGGACAAGUAUACAGAUAAACGCGAUCGCAGCGAUCGGGGCGAGCGUGUGGCGCGCUAUGGCGACUGGAGCGAGCAUGUAAGCUCGUCUGGCAAAAUGUAUUACUACAACUGCAAAACGGAAGUUUCUCAGUGGGAAAAGCCCAAGGAGUGGGUGGACAGAGAAAGAAAUGCGCCGCGUGAUCAGCAUAGGGAUAAGGACUAUCGUGAAAAGGAUAGAGAUCGGGAAAGAGAUCGUGACGAUCGCUUUACCAGAUCGGCUUACAAACAUUCCAAUUCAUCGCGGGACAAUUCACGACUGAGAUGGAAUUAUGACAACGAUGGCGGUCCACCAAGCCAUCGAAGACGUUUGGAUGGUCGACAUAACGAUAAUGCUGACAUGGACAUUAGCGGUGAUUCGACCCCCACCUCCGAGGCGAGUUAUUCAAUGAGCGGCACGCCCAACGCGCACUGUUUGCAGUCGGGCGAGCAACCGCUGAUUAGUGUGCUGCCACGCCUGGCCUCACAUCCAAAUAGCAGCGCAGUGAUAACGCCACUGGGCGUACACUAUGGCACCAAUUCGAGUGGCAGCGGCGUUAGCGCUGGUGCCGGCGGCAUUAACGUCGCUGUCAAUAGCAGUAGUGGCGGCGGCGGCGGCGGCGGUCCUGUCAGCGGUGCCACCAUGCUGCCCAGCGGUUUGGCUUCGGUGCCCGCCAAUAGCACGAACAGCAGCCUUAGAAACUCAGUUGUAGGCCACAUUGGCUCCACCUCCAGCACGACGGUACCGACGCUGGUCAAUCAGGAGCAUCAUUUGAACUCGAAUGCGCCCGGGCCGCCUGGCAAACUGCUGCAUAAUGCCAGCAAGGAGUCUUCGUUAUCAAUGCACCGCCAGAAAAUGCACCUGAGUAUGAGCGGGCUGGACGUCUCGCAUCAUCAUAUGCUGGGCGGCAUCGUUAGCAGCAAUGCCAGCUGCAAUGCGAAUGCUGCUGGUGGCAGCAGCAGCAACAGCAGCAGUAGCCUCAAUCAAUCCAUGGAUGCAGCCAAUCAUGUCUACAAUGCGGUCAACAAUGUCAGCAGCUUAUGCAGUUUAAGAGACAGCCGAGAACUGAACUCAUCACACUGCUUACCAUCGCAUGCGCAUCACAAUUUGUCGCCAUCGCUGAACUACACCAAGAGUCCCAUACCCACAAUUGUGGGCCAUCCCAACAAUGUGAAUGCCAGCAAUGCCUACACCUGCACGUCCUUUGGCCUCAAAUCCAUCGACUCGACGUCAGCCACAUCAGCGGCCGCCGGCUCAGCCUCAGCGCUUAACUGCAACAAUGUUGGCGCUGGUGGCAGCAACUGCAUCAGCAAUUCAGUUAGCGGCCUGAGUAAUGUCAGCGGCAUUAGCGUCAUCACCUCAAUGGGCAGCAAUAGUCUAUGUAAUUCGAUCGAGGGACCGCCGACGCCCACGCAGGAGUUAGAUUUAAGUGGCACAGCUUUAGAUCAUCAUCAGCAGCAAAAUGUGGCAGUGGCAGCGGCAAUGGCCGCUGCUGCCGCCGCCGCCGCAGCCGUGGCUGCUGUUCAAGCCUCGCAGCAACAGCAGGCGGCGCAAAUGCAACUGCAACGCAAGCUCGAGGGUGCGGCUACAUUAAGCACGUUGCAAAGCUGUGUGGGCGUCGGCUCAGUGCAGGCGGCCAAUCUGCGCGGUCCUGAGAUAUCACCCAAGUUGGCCAAAUACUUUCGUGCUGAUCUGAUUGCGCAUGUUACCAACUGGCAGGCGGAAGUAUUAGAGCGACAGGCGCAAAAGUGCUGCGAGGAGACGCACGUAUUCGGCGACCUCAACUGCACGAGAAUAUGCGCGGAAUUGAAAUGUGCGCGUAGCCUAGUGCGCAGUACAGAGAUCAACGCCACCUUGCAGGAACAGAAAAUCAUGUACAUGCGCCAGCAAAUCCGCCGCAUUGAGGAGUCGAAGACUCAGAACGCUUUCAUGUCUGACGAUACUUAGGAUCAGGAGCAAGUUAGGCUGCGCGUGCAUCGCAAGCUGUCGGUCAGGCUUAAAAAGAGCAUUUUCUGGCGCAGCUGAUGACGAUGAUAAUAAUGUUGCGUGCCGGUCGGUCGGUCGGUCGCCUUGAUGAUGAUGAUGCCGCCGCCGCCGCCGCCUAGCCCCGAGACGAGUACUCCAAUGCAAAGUGUGGGGGACGGGGGCUGGAGCUGGCGAGAGUUCAAGCUGACGACGACGACGACGACGGCAUGAGACACGUGCAGCUGGCAGUGAUGGCUUGAGUAUGUUGCAUUGGUUCAACUGUUGGGCGUGGCAGGCAACAGUUGCCGGCAGCAAUUAGCAACAACAAUUGCAAACAUAUUCAAAGCAGUAGCUGCAACAACAACAACAGCAACAACAACAUCAAAAACUAAUUAUGGAGAAAGAUUUAAACACACAAAAAGCAAACUAAAAACUAAUUUAUAAAUUAGCAAAGCGUAAUUAAGAACAUGAAUAAGAGAAUGUGAAGCAAAGCGGCAAUGUAGGGCCCCAAUACAACAACAAUACAACAACAACAACAAUAACACCAAUUAACAAGAACUACAACAAUAAUAACACCAAUUUACAAAUAGACUACUGCGACAAAAACAAAAAUCAACAAGCAACAAUUUAGAAGCAAUAAGUAAGAAGCCUCCUCGUUACGAAUCGAAGCAGAAACAAUAUAAAACAAAUUAAGCAAAUAACUAAAAACAUUUACAAAUAUUGAAAACAAAACACCAACA